GUCAGCAUCUUCCCCUCGCACCAGCAGCCGAUUUUAUUAUACCGACAGAGAGAGCGUCCGCGUUUGUGCCGAUCAUCGUCACUCUCAGUCUCAGUUUCAGUUUCAGUCUGACUCUCUCUCUCUGCGAUUUCGAGAGAGAGAGAGUUUGUGUGGAGCCAUGGCAGUAGCAGCAGUAGUGGCGAUCUCCAAUACUAACCCUUUGCCUUCUCCAUUUCUCGGACACAUACCCUUUCAUCUCGGACAAUCACCAUUUGGACAUAGUGUCCAGAAUUUGGUUCACACAUCUAAAAGGACUACAACUAACGCACUCUUUUGGGGACCUAGGAAAGCUGUGGAGCGACCUGAUACGGAUCUUUCGCUUGGACAUUUCACUUUGACAGGGUCAGGCUCAGAGGGAGUUUCUGCAAGCUCAGGCAAGCCUCAAAAGGUAUCAGUUUCAGUGGUAUCUUCAAUCUCAGAGGUUCCUUCGCAUGAUUGGGAUGCAUGCAACCUAGAUUCUACGGGUCCUGAAAAAUUCAAUCCGUUUCUUUCCCAUGGUUUCCUUUCUAGCUUAGAGGAGUCGGGUUCCACUGCGAAGGAAACAGGAUGGAUACCACAGCACAUCAUUGCUCAGGAUGAACAUAAGAACAUAUUAGGUGUUGCUCCACUUUAUCUUAAAAGCCACUCUUAUGGUGAAUAUGUUUUUGAUCAUUCUUGGGCAGAUGCCUAUUACAGUUAUGGUGCAAGAUACUAUCCAAAGUUACAAUGUUGUGUACCUUUUACUCCAGUAACUGGUCAAAGGGUCUUACUCCGUGACACGCCAUACAAAGAUCAGGUUUUCGACAUUUUAGUCACUGCAAUGAAGAAUCUGACUGACAAGUUUCAGGUUUCAUCAUUGCAUGUUACUUUUCCAUCAGAAAGUGAAUGGCACAGAAUGAAGGAAAAAGAUUUUCUGCAGAGGAUUGGAAUGCAGUACCACUGGAAAAAUCGCAAUUAUAAGGAUUUUGAUGAGUUCUUGAUGGACAUGAAGCAAAGUAAAAGGAAAAAUAUUCGUCAAGAGCGCAAGAAGAUUUCGGCUCAAAAUUUGACUAUGAAACGCCUACGAGGAUACGAAAUUAAGGCUAGGCACUGGGAUAUUUUCUAUAAGUUCUACAGGAACACAACUGAUAACAAGUGGGGUAGUGCUUAUCUAACAAGAGAUUUCUUUCAUGACAUGGGAUCAAAAUUGGGAGAUAAUGUACUACUUGUUGUUGCUGAAGAAGGCGAUGAGCUAGUUGCUGGAGCUCUUAAUCUUAUCGGAGGAGAUACAUUGUUUGGGCGCAUAUGGGGAUGUCUCCCUCGAGUUUAUUAUCCAAGUUUGCAUUUUGAAGCCUGUUAUUACCAGGCAAUAGAAGCAGCUAUUGAACUUAAUCUUGACAAGGUAGAGGCCGGAGCCCAGGGUGAGCAUAAAAUUCAGCGUGGUUAUAUGCCAGUGACAACUUAUAGCUGUCAUUACAUUGUGAACGAAGGAUUUAGGAAAAUAUUGGAGGACUUCUUGGUGCGAGAAACAGCACAGGUUAAGCAUGUUAUAAAACUACUACAUGAUUCUGGUCCUUUUAAGGACGGCGCACAGUAGGAGCUGAACUACAGGGGGUCGCCUGGCAUAAUGAAUCAAGGAAUUAGGAUAUCAUUGUUUGUGGUUAGAAGACUUGAUAAUCAUCGACUUUAUGACCAGUUGGACUGUUCCAAAUGACAAUUUGAGAUUAAAGGGGUGCUGGUGGUCUUCGGUGGGACAGAAAAACAAGUGUUAAAAAAAACACCACUUCAAGCUCUUUUAAGGAGCUGACUAUGGAACAUUACAUAACUGUGUAUAGAAAAAGGAAGAAGAUAUAGCUGUACAUAUCCCUCCCCCUCUAUUCACAUUACACGGUAGAAUUGCAUUCAAGGCUUUUGUAUAUAAUCAUGAUAUGAUGACAUUAGACUGCAAAAGCACUUUAUUUUAAAGA